AUAUGGAUAUUAAGCUUCUAGAGGCAAUUCAAGCAAAUGACACGCCCACAUUAAUCAGUUUAUUUCAAGCAAAUGAAGGAGUUCUUGAGCAGAGAACAGCCGACUCAUUGGACACAGCAUUACACCUUGCUGCAAAGUUCGGACACGUUGACUUGGCGUCGGAAAUUGUUACAUUGUGCCCGGAAUUGGUUGCUGCUCAAAACAAGAUGCUGGAGACUCCGAUACAUGAAGCUUGCCGCCAUGGGUCUGCCGAGGUUUUGAAGCUGAUAUUAACGACCAAUCCGAGGGCUGCAUGUAAGCUAAACUCUGAAAACAAGCUUGCCUUUUUCAUGGCUUGCAGUAAUGGCCAUCUCGACGUUGUGAAUCUCUUCUUAAACCACCCUGGCAUGCUGGGUUUAGAGGAAAAUGUAUUCGAUCCGACUUGUGUUCAUGUGGCAGCAAAGAACGGACAUAUGGAUGCUGUUAUCGAGUUACUAAAUGCGUGUCCUGAUUUCGCUCGAACGAUCGACGAGAAUGGUAACUCGCUGCUGCACUAUACCUGUGUCCAAGGACACAGGGAGGCAACCCGGAUGCUCAUAAACUGCGAUGCAAGUCUCACUCUGCACCGCAGCAUUAAUGGUUACAUACCAGUGCACAUGGCAUCAAUGAAUGGCAAAGUUGCAGUCCUUGAAGAGCUUGUGCUGAUGGCUUCUGUAUCUUUUCGCUAUGAUACGAACGAGGGAGAGUCGGUGUUUCAUCUGGCCGUGAGACAUGGACAAUACGAUGCGCUUGUGUACUUGGUGCAUACCUGCAAUGGUACAAGUCUCAUCCAUUAUCAAGAUCUGUAUGGAAACACCAUUUUGCAUGUUGCUGUUUCUGGUGGGCGCCAUCAGAUAGCAGAGUACUUGAUCAGAAAGACAAAAGUGCAUAUUAAUGCUCGGAACCUCAGAGGACUCACAGCACUUGACAUCCUUGACCAGGCUAAGGACAGUGCAAAAAACCGGCGUCUUGAAGCCAAGUUUGUUAAAGCCGGUGGCAGAAGAAGUAUCGAAUUGUUAUCUCGUUCACCAGCGGAAGAAAGAACCAACAGUCAACGUCUACCUAUCAUGCAGGGUUGCAUUGCCACUGAAUUGGAAAUGCCCAUUAUGAAUGAAACGGUUUCUCCUGAAAGCAAGAGCUCGCCUAGAUUCAGCCUGGGAACCAGCUCUAGAAUAUCAUCACCACAGUUUCAAGAUGGAGAGACAUUCGACUGUGAAACAUACCGGAGAGAUUCCAGCUUAUUCCCACCUAAUAUGCGUCAACACAAGCAUCUUAACAAAGGGCUCCAGGAAAAUAUAGCUUCUGUCAUGUCUCGAAGAGUUCGUUCACGCCAAAAUCCUCCAGCCCCCGCUCAAGCACAUUUCUGCAAUCCUCGUGCAAGAGAACUUUACACUCAAAAUUUUUCUACCCGUUCUCCUAUUGUCGAGCGGGAAGUUCUCCUUGGUGAGCUUUCUGAGACUGUUAUUCCCCGCAUUUUUGAGUCUCGCCAGUGGCUGGCUUUGACCAUUGGUCAUCCCACUCUUUCUGUGGAGUUGGUUAAGGAGUUUUACUCCAAUAUUGCUGCCAUCUCUGAUGAUGGCUCUUUUGAAGUCAGUCUCCGGAACAUUGUCUUCCGGGUGACUCCGGACCAUACAGCUGAGUCGUGCUCACAUUACCCUCACCCACUGAAUGUUGAGCAUCCUCCUGCAUCCUCCUCCCAGCCAUCCACGUCUCAGCCAUCGACCUCUCAGCCUUCAAGCUCACAGCCUCAUAGCUCGGCACCUGGUUUGACCGAACCCAGCCUUCAGCGGGUCAUUGAGUAUCUUGCCCGUCUUGAAGCCCGGUUUGAUGCACGGUUUGAUAGCCUUGAUGCUAAAGUUAACAACCUGCAGCAGCUUGUGACUCAACGCUUCAACGAUAUAGAGGAGCGCUUUGAUGAUGAUGGAAGUCAGCCUGAUGGUGAUGAUGAUGACAGUCAGCCUCAUGGUGAUACUUGA